AAGAGUGACAAUACCUUGACAUUUUAUUUUUAAUCAUUUGACAGAAUCUAAAUCCCAUGAAAAUUCAAAAAUAAUAUAAAUAAUAUAGACCAAUAUUAUGAAACAGUAAGGAAAAAAAAUACGUUAUGGCGACCAAAACUAUUGCAAGUGCCACUGUGAGGGCUGUGAAGAAGCGAUUGCUGCCUGCUCGUGCUGCCCUGGUGCUUACUCCCUCGGCAGUAAACAAGAUCAAGGAAAUAAUGGCUAAAGAAGAGGCUAAAGGAUUCAUCGGGCUUAAAGUGGGUGUCCGGCAAAGAGGUUGCAAUGGGCUCUCCUACACACUGGAUUAUGCUAAAACUAAAGAGAAAUUAGAUGAAGAAGUAAAACAGGACGGAGUCACGAUUAUUAUAGACAAGAAGGCACAGUUAACAUUAUUAGGAACUGAAAUGGACUUUGUAGAGAAUAAAUUAGCAGCAGAGUUUGUGUUUAACAACCCAAACAUCAAGGGCACCUGUGGAUGCGGAGAAUCCUUUAGUAUAUAGAAAAUACUAGAUAAGAAAGCAUUCAUGCUAGUAGUAAUAAAUUAGAAAAGUUGCUCUAUGCAGUUUAAUAAUACUUUAUCUCAAUAACCGUUUAAAAGUCUUGAGUAUUCUGUAUCAAACAGUAGCAUAAAAUAAGGAUGCUUAACAUGAAGAAUUUCAUACAAUUACAGUGCGAGCGGGACAGCAAUAUAUUUAUGUGCAUGCAAUAGACAUAGGAACCGACGGGUCAAUGUACAAAAUUCCUUGAGUGAAGUAUCCUUUCUUUACUCUAUGCACUUUAUUAAUAUUAUCUCAAAUCUCAAUAACCAUUUAACAGUCUUGAGUAUUUUGUAUCCAACAGUAGCAUACAUAUUUAAAAAAAUGAUCUGUAAUGAGUGAAGAUUUUUAGACAACUUGACUGAAGAUCGACACUUUAACAAGGGCACAAAUGCUAUGCUUGAUGUUCCAGCCAAUUAGAUACAUUUAUGCUGCAAUAAAUCUAGAAAUUGACCAUAGGUAUGAAGAAAAAAACCACUCCAUUCUAUUUUCAAUGCAGAAAGCGACCAAAUCCACUGAGUUAUGGUGUAAGUCACUUUGACAAAAAUAAAAAGUUGGUUGCUUGCUACAGAACUAUGGUCAAUUGAUAUUAUAUCUUGAAAUCAUGCAACAGUAUUCUCUUUUACAGAACAUCUGAUAAACCACAUUACUUUAAUAUUUGAGAUCAUGAUUGCAAUCUUAUGUGGCAAAAAAAAUAUUGUGACUGAAACCAACAUGGUUGGCAAUUCGAUGUAUAUUUUUGUAAUAUACCUGUAAGUUAUAUGCUUAGCUAUAGUUAAAAAAAGGAAUUUUGUUAAUUUAUCUGAUCUAUCUGAACUAUUAAAUAGAUUGAACAAUAAAAGUU